AUGUUUUCCAAAUCUGUUGUAUGUAAAAAGGCAUUGAUUUUGGGUUUCUAAAAAAGUGUGUGGUGGGGUGUUUGUGGGUUGUGUGUGUUUUGUGUGUGGGGUUUUUUGUUUUGGUUUUGGGUGUGUUUUGGGGUUUUGUGUUGUUGGUGUUUUUUGGUUGUGUGUGUGUGUGUUUGUGUGUGAGUUGCAGGUGCAGACUAAGUGUGUGUCCCAGUGUGUAGAAUUCUACUACCUCUCCAAAAGACUUCCUGACAAACAGAGGGAGCAGGAGCGAGGGAUGGAGGAGCGGACGAGUGUAAGGAAGCGUGCAUCGUUGUUGACCCUGUUAUGAUCUCUGUCAUCUCAUUGCCUCAUUCCAUCUCUCUCUUUCUAUUCGUCUCACACUAAACCUCCCUCCAUCUCUCUCGCGCUCUCUCUAUUUGUCCCUAUGUCCGUCCAUCUCUUUCCCUCUGCUGUCAGCAAUGCGCCCUUACGUAUGAUGCCUUCUGGUUUCUGGUGAAAUAAUUAGGAACAGCUGACGAAUCUUUAGUCAUACUCUGAUUCGUUGAGUCGUGUUCUAAUUCACUAGAUCAUCUUCUGAUUCGCUGGCUCAUGCUCUAUUGAGACUCAAAGUCAGAAUGUCUCCUUCUAGAGAGAAUAGAGAGAUUCUAUGGUAUUCAAAUAUCCUUUUACAGGUGGUGUCCCUCUCUAAACCUAUGGAAGGGGCGGUUCCAGCACCGUCGUUGGCUACCAGCUUCCCCUGUAAGCAGUGUGGAAAGUGAGUUUGCCCAACCCGAUGACUGAAUGAUCUAUACACCCUGCCUGAGUUUGAAUAUCGGUCUUUGGGCAGAUAUUGUAAUUUUUAAAUAAUCUUUCUUCAUCUCUUCCUUGCCCUCCCUCCUUCUUUUCCUCCCUCCCUCCCGGCCUCUCUAUAGGAUGUUCUACAAGAUAAAGAGUCGUAACGCCCAUAUGAAGAUCCAUCGGCAGCAGCAGGACGACUGGAGACACCCAGGCCUCGGCCUAAACCCAGCCCAGAACCUCAACCCCAACCUGGGUACCAAUCUACCCCAGCGCCAGGCUUCAGGUCAGGCCUACCUCGCAGGCCCCAUCAACAACAACAGCAACCACCGCACUGGUGGUGCUCACACCAUCAUCAACAACAACAACAUCAGUGUUCCAAACAUUCCAAACACCAAUACCAUAACCAAUAGCAACAGUGUAACUGUCAUCAACUCCACCCCUAAUCAGAGAGGACAUGCCCGCCUCCUCUCUGUCCAGCAAUCGUGGGACUUGUUUCAGUUGAAUUCUGAUCCUGCGGCAGGUUUCUACUAUGACCCGGAAGUGAAAGGAGCCCUGGGGGUCACCGGGGGAGGGGUGGAAGGUCAAAUCCUCUGGCAGUAGCAUUCUGGAAUCAUAAUGAAUAGAACAGACAUGUAUAGGACUACAUUCACAUUUUUAAAAAACUUGUUUUGCACCAUCGAAAGCAUUUAAAAUAUAUAAAUAGACUGGGAAAUCUGUAAAUGAUGUGUAUUGAGUAAAUUUUAUUAAAAUAUAUAUAUUUUUUAUCUCUCUGUAUCCCCGUUUUUCUUUCCCGCUCACACAUCCAUCCAUCCAUCCAUCCAUCCAUCCAUCCAUCCAUCCAUCCAUCCAUCCAUCCAUCCAUCCAUCCAUCCAUCCAUCCAUCCAUCCAUCCAUCCACCCAUCCAUCCACCCAUCCAUCCAUCCAUCCAUCCAUCCAUCCAUCCAUCCAUCCAUCCAUCCAUCCAUCCAUCCAACCAACCAACCAACCAACCCUUUGCCUAAAAAACCCCCAUCCUUUGCCUAAAUGGGUAGAUAUUGACAUAGAUAGGCUAAUGUUGACAGGGGUGCACAUCUUGUCUCUACAGCUCUCAAAGUGGUCCUAGUCACUGUGAGUUUCAGUUGAUGGUUAUCUGGAUGUGCGUACCAAAAUGGCACCCUAUUCCCUAUGUAGUGCACUACUUUCGACCAGGGCCCAUAGGAAUCUUGUCAAAAGCAGUGCACUAUAUGGGAAAUAUGGUACAAUUUCCUACCUUCAUCACCUGGGGCGGCCCGUCAGGAAGUCCAGGACCCAGUUGCACAGGGCGGGGUUCAGACCCAGGGCCUCGAGCUUAAUGAUGAGCUUGGAGGGCACUAUGGUGUUGAACGCUGAGCUAUAGUCAAUGAACAGCAUUCUUACAUAGGUAUUCCUCUUGUCCAGAUGGGAUAGGGCAGUGUGCAGUGUGAUGGCGAUUGCAUCGUCUGUGGAUCUAUUGGGGCGGUAAGCAAAUUGAAAUGGGUCUAGGGUGACAGGUAAGGUAGAGGUGAUAUGAUCUUUGACUAGUCUCUCAAAGCAUUUCAUGAUCUAACUGUAAGUCGCUCUGGAUAAGAGCGUCUGCUAAAUGACUAAAAUGUAAAAAUGAUGACAGAGGUGAGUGCUAUGGGGCGAUAGUCAUUUAGUUCAGUUACCUUUGCUUUCUUGGGUUCAGGAACAAUGGUGGCCAUCUUGAAGCAUGUGGGGACAGCAGACUGGGAUAGGGAGAGAUUGAAUAUGUCCGUAAACACACCAGCCAGCUGGUCUGCACAUGCUCUGAGGACGCGGCUAGGGAUGCCGUCUGGGCCGGCAGCCUUGCGGUGGUUAAGCAGGCUUAAAGGCCACAGUCCUUGGUAGUGGGCCUCGUCAGUGGCACUGUGUUAUCCUCAAAGCGGGCGAAGAAGGUGUUUUGCUUGUCUGGCAGCGAGACGUCGGUGUCGGCGACGUGGCUGGUUUUCCUUUUGUAGUCCGUGAUUGUCUGUAGACCCUGCCACAUACGUCUCAUGUCUGAGCCGUUGAAUUGCGACUCCACUUUGUCUCUAUACUGAUGUUUUGCCAGUUUAAUUGCCUUGCGGAGUGAGUAGCUACACUGUUUGUAUUCUGCCAUAUUCCCAGUCACCUUGCCAUGGUUAAAUGCGGUGGUUCGCGCUUUCAGUUUUGCGCGAAUGCUGCCAUCUAUCCACGGUUUCUGGUUAGGGUAGGUUUUAAUAGUCGCAGUGGGCACAACAUCACCUAUACACUUCCAGAUAAACUCAGUCACCGUUUCAGUGUAUUCGUCUAAAUUAUUUUUGCAAGCUACCCAGAACAUAUCCCAGUCCGCGUGAUCAAAACAAUCUUGAAGUGUGGAUUCCGAUUGGUCAGACCAGCGUUGAAUAGUCCUUAGCACGGGUACUUCCUGUUUGAGUUUCUGCCUAUAGGAAAGGAGGAGCAAAAUGGAGUCGUGGUCAGAUUUGCCCGAAAGGAUUGUGGGGGAGGGCCUUAUAACCAUCCCGGAAGUUCGAGUAGCAAUGGUCAAGGAUUUUAGCAGCCCGAAUACAACAGUCAAUAUGUUGAUAGAACUUUGGCAGCCUAGUCCUCAAAUUUGCUUUGUUAAAAUCCCCGGCUACAAUAAAUGCAGCCUCAGGAUAUGUGGUUUCCAAUUUGCAUAAAGUCCAGUGAAGUUCUUUGAGGGCCGUCGUGGUAUCGGCUUGAGGGGGGAUAUACAUGGCCGUGACUAUAACCUAAUAAAUUAUCUUGGGAGAUAAUAUGGUCGGCAUUUGAUUGUGAGGUAUUCUAGGUCAGGUGAACAAAAGGACUUGAGUUCCUGUAUGUUACUACAAUUACACCAUGAGUCGUUAAUCAUGAAACACACACCUCUGCCCUUCUGCUUCCCGGAGAGAUAUUUAUUUCUAUCUGCGCAAUGAACUGGGAACCAAUCUGGCUGGACCGAUUUCGACAGAAUAUCCCCAGAGAACCAUGUUUCCAUGAAACAAAGUAUGUUUCAGGCCUUGAUGUCUCUCUAGAAAGAAAUCCUUGCCCUGAGCUCGUUGACCUUGUUAUCCAAAGACUGAACAUUAGCGACUAGUAUACUUGGAAGUGGUGGGUGGUGUACUCGCCUCCUAAGUCGAACCAGCAGGCCGCUCCGAGUGCCUCUCCUCCGCCGGCUAUGUUUUGGGUCAGCUGCUGGAAUCAGUUCAAUUGCCCUGGGGAGAGCAAACAAAGGAUCUGCUUCGGGAAAGUCGUAUUCCUAGUCGUAAUGCUGGUGAGUUACCGCUGCUCUGAUAUCCAAUAGUUUUUCCCGGCUGUAUGUAAUGGCUCAAACUCAUUCAGAAGGAAAGAAAUUCACUUUUAAGAAGGCACACCUUUUAAUUAAAAUGCAUUCCAGGUGACUGCUGUGGUAUAGCUGUGGUACUACUGCUGUGGAAAAAGAAAAAGCCAUAUCUCAGACUGCCCAUCUUAAUCUUUUCUUUUUAUUGACCAGUCUGAGAUAUGGCUUUCUCUUUGCAACUCUGCCUAGAAGGUCAGCAUCCUGGAGUCGCCUCUUCACUGUUGAAAUUGAGACUGUUGUUUUGCGGGUACGAUUUAAUGAAGCUGCCAGUUGAGGACCUGUGAGGGGUCUGUUUCUCAAACUAGACACGCUAAUGUAUUUGUCCUCUUGCUCAGUUGUGCACCGGGGCCUCCCACUCCUCUUUCUAUUCUGGUUAGAGACAGUUUGUGCUGUUAUGUGAAGGGAGUAGUACACAGCAAUGUAUAUGAUCUUCAGUUUCUUGGUAAUGUCUCGCAUUGAAUAGCCUUCAUUUCUCAGAACAAGAAUAGACUGACGAGUUUCAGAAGAAAGUUAUUUGUUUCUGGCCAUUUUGAGCCUGUAAUCGAACCCACAAUUGCUGAUGCUCCAGAUACUCAACAACAGUGGCUUGUGAAAGUAUUCACCCCCCUUGGCAUUUUUCAUAUUUUGUUGCCUUACAACCGGGAAUUCAAAUGGAUUUUUGGGGAGGUUGUAUCAUUUGAUUUACACAACAUGCCUACCACUUUGAAGAUGCAAAUUUUUUUUGGGGUGAAACAAACAAGAAAUAAGACAAAAAUAAGACAAAAAAACCAGGAAAACUUGAGCGUGCAUAACUAUUCCCCCCCCCAAGUCAAUACUUUUGCAGCAAUUACAGCUGCAAGUCUCUUGGGAUCUCCCGAGUGGCGCAGUGGUCUAGAUAUCCUGGUUCGAAUCCAGGCUCUGUCGUAGCCGGCCGCGACCGGGAGACCCAUGGGGCGGCGCACAAUUGGCCCAGGGUAGGGGAGGGAAUGGCCGGCAGGGAUGUAGCUCAGUUGGUAAAGCAUGACGUUUGCAAUGCCAGGGUUGUGGGUUUGAUUCCCACGGGGGGCCAGUAUGAAAAAAAAUAAAAAAAAUAAUGUAUACACUCACUAACUGUAAGUCGCUCUGGAUAAGCGUCUGCUAAAUGACUAAAAUAUAUAAAAUAAAAAUAUAUAUGUCUCUAUAAGCUUGGCACAUCUAGCCACUGGGAAUUUUGCCCAUUCUUCAAGGCAAAACUGCUCCAGCUCCUUCAAGUUGAAUGGGUUCCGCUGGUGUACAGCAAACUUUAAGUCAUACCACAGAUUCUCAAUUGGAUUGAGGUCUGGGCUUUGACUAGGCCAUUCCAAGACAUUUAAAUGUUUCCCCUUAAACCACUCGAGUGUUACUUUAGCAGUAUGCUUAGGGUCAUUGUCCUGCUGGAAGGUGAACCUCCGUCCCAGUCUCAAAUCUUGAAGACUGAAACAGGUUUCCCUCAAGAAUUUCCCUGUAUUUAGUGCCAUCCAUCAUUCCUUCAAUUCUGACAAGUCUCCCAGUCCCUGACGAUGAAAAACAUCCUCGCGGGUGAUGAGAGGUGUUGGGUUUGCGGCCAGACAUAGCGUUUUCCUUGAUUGCCAAAAAGCUAAAUUGUUGUCUCAUCUGACCAGAGUACCUUCUUUCAUAUGAUUGGGGAGUCUCUCACAUGGCUUUUGGCGAACAUCAAACGUGUUUUCUAAUUUUUUCUCUUCCGUAAAGCCCAGCUCUGUGGAGUGUACGGCUUAAAGUGGUCCUAUGGAGCUGUGGAGCUUUGCAGCUCCUUCAAGGUUAUCUUUGGUCUCUUUGUUGCCUCUCUGAUUAAUGCCCUCCUUGCCUGGUCCGUGAGUUUUGGUGGACGGCCCUCUCUUGGCAGGUUUGUUGUGGUGCCAUAUUCUUUCCAUUUUUUAAUAAUGGAUUUAAUGGUGCUCCGUGGGUGUUCAAAGUUUCGUAUAUUUUUUUAUAACCCAACCCUGAUCUGUACUUCUCCACAGCUUUGUCCCUGACCUAUUUGGAGAGCUCCUUGGUCUUCAUGGUGUCGCUUGCUUGGUGGUGCCACUUUCUUAGUGGUGUUGCAGACUCUGAAGCCUUUCAGAACAGGUGUAUAUAUACUGAGAUCAUGUGACAGAUAAUGUGACACUUAGAUUGCAGACAGGUGGACUUUAUUUAACUAAUAAUGUGACUUCUGAAGGUAAUUGGUUGGACCAGAUCUUAUUUAGGAGCUUCAUAGCAAAGGGGGUGAAUUCAUAUGCACGCACCACUUUUCCGUUAUUAAUUUUUUAGAAUUUUUUGAAAGAAGUUAUUUUUUUCAUUUCACUUCACCAAUUUGGACUAUUUUGUGUAUGUCCAUUACAUGAAAUCCAAAUAAAAAUCCAUUUAAAUUACAGGUUGCAAUGCAACAAAAUAGGAAAAACACCAAGGGGGUGAAUACUUUUGCAAGGCACUGGAGUCUCAAGAAGCCCAGUUCUAUUCUCAACGGUAAUGGAAUACAGGAAUGAUGGUUGCUGAUAAUGGGCCUCUGUACGCCUAUGUAGAUAUUCCAUUAAAAAUCAGCCGUUUCCUACUAAAAUAGCCAUUUACAAUAUUAACAAUGUCUACACUGUAUUUCUGAUCAAUUUGAUGUUAUUUUAAUGGACAAAAAAAUUGCUUUUCUUUCGAAAACAAGGACAUUUCUAAGUGACCCCAAACUUUUGAACGGUAGUGUAUGUAAGCGUUGUUGUUCACUAGUCUACUCCAAUUAAGGGAGGGGUGGAAAAGUUAAAGGAAAAUAAAUUAUAAAAAAAGUAUUUCUAUGUAUCUGUAGACAUUGUUCAUUUAUAAAAACAAAUAGCAGGUGAACAGCACUAUUGUCGUGCUUAAGUUUAAGGUCAGAAUACGCAUAGAGAGAAACGCGCAUCAAAUUGAAAUUACAUUCCAUCUACACGCGCUUAACUCGGGUCCUAAGUGUUUGCCUUAAACACAGUGAAAUGGCAGCUUUUUAAACAUGUUUGAGAUAUUAAAAAGAUCACUGAAGACCUACAAUGUCUCACUUGACAUUGAAUAAUGUACAGUUGAAGUCGGAAGUUUACAUACACUUUCUUGUUAACAAACUAUAGUUUUGGCAAGUCGGUUAGGACAUCUACUUUGUGCACGACACAAGUAAUUUUUCCAACAAUUGUUUACAGACAGAUUAUUUCACUUAUAAUUCACUGUAUCACAAUUCCAGUGGGUCAGAAGUUUACAUACACUAAGUUGACUGUGCCUUUAAACAGCUUGGAAUAUUCCAGAAAAUGAUGUAAUGGCUUUAGAAGCUUCUGAUAGGCUAAUUGACAUCAUUUGAGUCAAUUGGAGGUGUACCUGUGGAUGUAUUUCAAGGCCUACCUUCAAAAUGUGCCUCUUUGCUUGACAUCAUGGGAAUAUAGAAAAUAAAUCAGCCAAGACCUCAGAAAUAAAAUUGUAGACCUCCACAAGUCUGGUUCAUCCUUGGGAGCAAUUUUCAAACGCCUGAAGGUACCACGUUCAUCUGUACAAACAAUACUACGCAAGUAUAAACACCAUGGGACCACGCAGCCGUGAUACAGCUCAGGAAGGAGAUGCGUUCUGUGUCCUAGAGAUGAACGAAAUUUGGUGCAAAAAGUGCAAAUCAAUCCCAGAACAACAGCAAAGGACCGUGUGAAGAUGCUGGAGGAAACAGGUACAAAAGUAUCUAUAUCCACAGUAAAAUGAGUCCUAUAUCGACAUAAACUGAAAGGCUGCUCAGCAAGGAAGAAGCCACUGCUCCAAAACCGCCAUAAAAAAGCCAGACUACAGUUUGCAACUGCACAUGGGGACAAAGAUCGUACUUUUUGGAGAAAUGUCCUCUGGUCUGAUGAAUCAAAAAUAUAACUGUUUGGCCAUAAUGACCAUCGUUAUGUUUGGAGGAAAAAAGGGGGACGCUUGCAAGCCGAAGAACACCAUCCCAACCGUGAAGCACGGGGGUGGCAGCAUCAUGCUGUGGGGGUACUUUGCUGCAGGAGGGACUGGUGCACUUCACAAAAUAGAUGGCAUCAUGAGGAAGGAAAAUUAUGUGGAUAUAUUGAAGCAACAUCUGAAGACAUCUGUCAGGAAGUUAAAGCUUGGUCGCAAAUGGGUCUUCCAAAUGGACAAUGACCCCAAGCAUACUUCCAAAGUUGUGGCAAAAUGGCUUAAGGACAACAAAGUCAAGUCAUUGGAGUGGCCAUCACAAAGCCCUGACCUCAAUCCUGUAGAAAGUUUGUGGGCAGAACUGAAAAAGCGUGUGCGAGCAAGGAGGCCUACAAUCCUGAGUCAAUUACACCAGAUCUGUCAGGAGGAAUGGGCCAAAAUUCUCCCAACUUAUUGUUGGAAGCUUGUGGAAGGCUACCCAAAACGUUUGACCCAAGUUAAACAAUUUAAAGGCAAUGCUACCAAAUACUAAUUGAGUGUAUGUAAACUUCUGACCCACUGGGAAUGUGAUGAAAGAAAUAAAAGCUGAAAUAAAUCAUUCUCUCUACUAUUAUUCUGACAUUUCACAUUCUUAAAAUAAAGUGGUGAUCCUAACUGACCUAAAACAGGGAAUUUUUACUAGGAUUAAAUAUCAGGAAUUGUGAAAAUGUAUUUGGCUAAGGUGUAUGUAAAUUUCCGACUUCAACUGUAUGUGUGUUUAUGUAUAUACAGUUGAAGCCGGAAGUUUACAUACACCUUAGCCAAAUACAUUUAAACUCAGUUUUUCACAAUUCCUGACAUUUAAUCCUAGUAAAAAUUCCCUGUCUUAGGUCAGUUAGGAUCAUCACUUUAUUUGUGUGUGUGUGUGUGUUUGUGUGUUGUGUUGUGUUGUGUGUGUGUGUCUUCUUUUGUAACUUUUGUAGUUGGUGAUCUCAUAGUACAAACAGGAAGUUAUUCUCCUGUUUGUUUAGUGCUAGCAGGAUGAUGAUUAUGAUGAAGAAUAUUAAGAGACAAUAGUUGUUAUGAUGAUGAUGAUGAUGAUGAUGAUGAUUAAGAAUAAGAUGGUGACGAAGAUGACGAUACAAAAUAAUAAUAUGAUGAUGAUGGUGAUGAUGAUGAUGGUGAUGAAGAUGAUGAUGAAGCAGAAAAAUAGGAAUAUGAUGGUGAUGGUGAUGAUAGUGAUGAUGGUGAUGGUGAUGGUGAUGAUGAUGAUGAUGAUGGUUAUGAUUAAGGUGAUGGUCUGAGUUUUACAAAAAUAAUGCUUUAAACUACCCUUCUGACCAUACAGUAUGUUAUCUGGGUGUAUUGGCUGUCUAACUGGUGAUAUUUGUCUAUCAUAGUUCUGUGUCUAUUCUCUAGUCUCGUGGUCUGUCUCUAUUCUCUAGUCUCGUGGUCUGUCUCUAUUCUCUAGUCUAAUGAGCUGUCUCUAUUCUCUAUUUUUAAUGGGCUGUCUCUAUUCUCUAGUCCAAUGGGCUGUCUCUGUUAACUCUUCUAGUCUCGUGGUCUGUCUCUAUUCUCUUGUCUAAUGGGCUGUCUCUAUUCUCUAGUCCAAUGGGCUGUCGCUAUUCUCUAGUCCAAUGGGCUGUCUCUAUUAACUCUUCUAGUCUCGUGGUCUGUCUCUAUUCUCUUGUCUAAUGGUCUGUCUCUAUUCUCUUGUCUAAUGGGCUGUCUCUAUUCUCUAGUCCAAUGGGCUGUCUCUAUUAACUCUUCUAGUCUAAUGGGCUGUCUCUAUUCUCUAGUCUAAUGGUCUGUCUCUAUUAACUCUUCUAGUCUCGUGGUCUGUCUCUAUUCUCUAGUCUAAUGGGCUGUCUCUAUUCUCUAGUCCAAUGGGCUGUCUCUAUUAACUCUUCUAGUCUCGUGGUCUGUCUCUAUUCUCUAGUCUAAUGGUCUGUCUCUAUUCUCUAGUCUAAUGGGCUGUCUCUAUUCUCUAGUCUAAUGGGCUGUCUCUAUUCUCUAGUCUAAUGGGCUGUCUCUAUUCUCUAGUCUAAUGGGCUGUCUCUAUUCUCUAGUCUAAUGGGCUGUCUCUAUUCUCUAGUCUAAUGGUCUGUCUCUAUUCUCUAGUCUAAUGGGCUGUCUCUAUUCUCUAGUCCAAUGGGCUGUCUCUAUUAACUCUUCUAGUCUCGUGGUCUGUCUCUAUUCUCUAGUCUAAUGGGCUGUCUCUAUUCUCUAGUCCAAUGGGCUGUCUCUGUUCUCUAGUCCAAUGGGCUGUCUCUAUUCUCUAUUCAGACUGGUACAUAUUUUCUUAGGCCGUUUCUCUUUCCAACGUGUAAGUGUAGUUGUCAGUCUAUGACCCUGUGCGUGUGUUCGCUACUGCACGGCUGUGUGUGUGUUCCCUGUUUAUAACAGAAAGCCAUACUGGACCAGUACCAGACCUUACCGUGACCAUCUCAUCUGUCUGUUCUUAGAGGGUCUUACCGAACCCCUUCCCCAUCCCGCCAAGAUUGUGUAUGUGUGUGUUUGUUUUAUUGCGUGUGUUCACUAAAAGUGAAGGUUAUUAGUCAGUUUGAAGCCUUUUUCCACAUCAUACUCUCCCAUUGACCUCUGUGGAGCCAAUUGAUUGUAGUGUAGUACCAGUGAUCACCACAGGGUGGCAGCAGAGGCCUGUAAAACAGAUCCAUCAGCAUCACUCAGACAGUAGAAGGAGCAUUAACCUAGGAAGGAAUGUCUAUGAUGACAUGGAUGUGGUAGUGCACACUUGGCAGACAUUCACAUUUACAGCUGAACAGCUACUGAGAUGAGAUGAGGUGAGAUAAUAAUAUGCCAUUUAGCAGACGCUUUUAUCCAAAGCGACUUACAGUCAUGUGUGCAUACAUUUUUACGUAUGGGUGGUACCGGGGAUCGAACCCACUACCCUGGCGUUACAAGCACCGUGCUCUACCGAUUGAGCUACAGAUGAUGAGAUGAGUGUGUGUGCUGAGGUAGUAGUCAGAUCUUGAUGGCUGUGUGUCAGUGUGUCGGUAGUUGGACACACCUUGGUUUCUCAAAUGACUGCCUCGCCUGGUUCACCAACUACUUCCCAGAUAGAGUUCAGUGUGUCAAAUCGGAGGGCCUGUUGUCUGGACCUAUGGCAGUCUCUAUGGGGGUGCCACAGGGUUCAAUUCUUGGGCCGACACUUUUCUCCGUGUAUAUCAAUGAUGUCGCUCUUGCUGCUGGUGACUCUCAGAUCCACCUCUACGCAGACGACACCAUUUUGUAUACAUCUGGCCCUUCAUUGGACACUGUGUUAACAAACCUCCAAACGAGCUUCAAUGCCAUACAACAAUCCUUCAGUAGCCUCCAACUGCUCUUAAACACUAGUAAAACUAAAUGCAUGCUUUUCAAUCGAACGCUGCCGGCACCCGCCCACCCGACUAGAAUCACCACUCUCGACGGGUCUGACCUAGAGUAUGUGGACAACUACAAAUACCUAGGUGUCUGGUUAGACUGUAAACUCAACUUCCAGACUCACAUAAAGAAUCUCCAAUCCAAAGUUAAAUCUAGAAUCGGCUUCCUAUUUCGCAACAAAGCCUCCUUCACUCAUGCUGCCAAACAUGCCCUCGUAAAACUGACUAUCCUACCGAUCCUUGACUUCGGCGAUGUCAUUUACAAAAUAGCCUCCAACACUGUACUCAGCAAAUUGGAUGUAGUCUAUCACAGUGCCAUCCGUUUUGUCUCCAAAGCCCCAUAUACUACCCACCACUGUGACCUGUACGCUCUUGUUGGCUGGUCCUCACUACAUGUUCGUCGUCAAACCCACUGGCUCCAGGCCAUCUAUAAAUCACUGCUAGGCAAAUCCCCGCCUUAUCUUAGCUCAUUGGUCACCAUAGCAGCACCCACCCGUAGUCUGCGCUCCAGCAGGUAUAUCUCACUUGUCAUUCCCAAAGCCAACACCUCCUUUGGCUGCCAUUCCUUCCAGUUCUCUGCUGCCAAUGACUGGAACGAAUUGCAAAAAUCUCUGAAGCUGGAGACUCUUAUCUCCCUCAAUAACUUUAAGCAUCAGUUGUCAGAGCACCUUACCGAUCACUGCACCUGUACACAGCCCAUCUGAAAUUAGCCCACCCAACUACCUCAUCCCUAUAUUGUUAUUUAUUUUGCUCUUUUGCACCCCAGUAUCACUAUUUGCACAUAAUCUCUUGCACAUCUAGCAUUCCAGUGUUAAUACUAUUGUAAUUAUUCUGCACUAUAGCCUAUUUAUUGCCUUACCUCCAUAACUUGCUACAUUUGCACACACUGUAUAUAUAUUUUCUGUUGUAUUUCUGACUUUAUGUUUUUUACCCCAUAUGUAACUCUGUGUUGUUUUUAUUGCACUACUUUGCUUUAUCUUGGCCAGGUCGCAGUUGUAAAUGAGAACCUGUUCUCAACUGGCUUACCUGGUUAAAUAAAGGUGAAAUAAAAUAAAAUAAAAUAAAUUGGAGGUUAGUGCUGGGUAAAAUGACUAAUGCAAUGAAUGUCUUAGGCAUAGACAUUUACAGAGCAACUUACAUUUAGUGAGUGCAUACAUUCUUUUUUAUACACUGGCCCCCCAUGGGAAUCGAACCCACAACCCUGGCGUUGCAAACGCCAUGCUCUACCAACUGAACUACAUCCCUGCCGGCCAUUCCCUCUCCUACCCUGGACCAAUUGUGCGCCGCCCCGUGGGUCUCCCGGUCGCGGCCGGCUACGACAGAGCCUGGAUUCGAACCAGGAUCUCUAGUGGCACAGCUAGCACUGCAGAGCCUUAGACCACUGCGCCACUCAGCCACAAGUGAUAAAAGGUGCUUCCUCAGUCCCUCCCCUCUCUCAUUGGCACUGGGAGUUUCAUGGCACUGCUGACAAAUGCCAACAGGCUUGUUCUGGUUGUCCAUAAAUUUUUUGCAUUGGUUGAAAACAUUGUUUAAGACAUCUCUCUCUCUCUCUCCUCUCUCUCUCUCUCUCUUCUCCUCUUCUCCUCUCUCUCUCCUCUCUCUCAUACCUCUCUCUCUCCCUCUCUCUCUCUCCUCUCUCAUCUCUCUCCAUCUCUCUCUUCUCUCUCUCUCUCCCUCUCCCUCCUCUCGUCUCUCUCAUCUCUCCUCUUCCUCUCCUCUCCUCUUCUCUCCUGGCCUCUCCCCUCUCUCUACACCUCUCGCAUCUACUCCGUCCUUCCUCUCAGUCUCCAUCGUCUCAAAUCCGGAUCGUCUCCAAUGUACAAUCAGAAGUCAUCCCUCUCUCGCUCUCGCUCUCCAUCCGGAUGUUGCUGUGCCGUUGCCCGGGGUUGGGUCCCGAGGAGGUCUGGGGUUGCUGGCGGUGAAGAGGGCGUAUCUUCUCUCUCGCUCCGCCCAUUUGUCCCCCCAGAACCUUGAGUAUUAACCAAUCAAAAAGGUAAUAAUGGCCAACAGAGGUAAGGCUCAGCCCACAACAUGACAAGACAAGACAUUAUAACUAUGGCCAUGAGUGACAUCACUUGACAAGACUGGACAUCAGAUUGCAUCACAUCUCAUGGCAGUGGUUUAUGUCCCAACACAUUACAGACAUCUUAUCCAAUAUUAUAUUAUCUUGAAUUUUGACAGCCUUUAUCACAUUGCAUUAGAGCUCAUUCUGUCACAACACAUGGCAAUACCUAAGGUCUACUGUAUUUUCCAGCACAUUACAAUUCAUCUGGGUUACACAUGAUAUCCUAUUGCGUCAUGUAUCUAACCAUUUCAUUGCAUUAGAUCUCAUGAUAUACCAUCACUUGGCUAUAGCUAGAUGGUAGCUACACAGACAACUAGCGCAGCUCAAAGCUACACAGACACCUAGCCCAGCUCAAAGCUGCACAGACACCUAGCGCAGCUCAAAGCUACACAGACACCUCAAAGCUACACAGACACCUAGCCCAGCUCAAAGCUACACAGACAACUAGCCCAGCUCAAAGCUACACAGACACCUAGCCCAGCUCAAAGCUACACAGACACCUAGCCCAGCUCAAAGCUUAAAUGGAAGAAGUUUGGAACCACCAAGACUCUUCCUAGAGCUGGCCGCCCGGCCAAACUGAACAAUUGGGGGAGAAGAGCCUUGGUCAGGGAGGUGACCAAGAACCCGAUGGUCACUCUGACAGAGCUCCAGAGUUCCUCUGUGGAGAUGGGAGAACCUUCCAGAAGGAUAACCAUCUCUGCAGCACUCCACCAAUCAGGCCUUUAUGGUAGAGUGGCCAGAUGGAAGGCACUCCUCAGUAAAAGGCACAUGACAGCCCGCUUGGAGUUUGCCAAAAGGCACCUAAAGACUCUCAGACCAUGAGAAACAAGAUUCUCUGAUCUGAUGAACCCAAGAUUGAACAUUUUGGCCAGAAUGCUAAGCGUCACGUCUGGAGGAAACCUGGCACCAUCCCUACGGUGAAGCAUGGUGGUGACAGCAUCAUGCUGUGUACAGAAUCUUUCCAGAUCCUUGAUAUCCUUCAUUUGCACUUAUGGACUACCCUCUUCAAUUCAAACCACAGGUUUUCAAAUGGGGUUCAAGUCCGGAGACUAAGUAAAAUGUUAAACUUGUGGAAAGUUAACCAUUUAAUUGUAGAUUUUGAUGAGUGCUUGGGGUUAAUGUCUUGCUGGAAGAUCCACUUUCGGCCAUGUUCCAGCCUCCUGGCAGAGGAAAGCAGGUUUUUGGCUUACAUGUCCUGAUACUUGGUACAGUUCAGGAUGCAGUCUUUUUUGCUCAUCUUUAGAAAGGGUGCCAAUGGCUGGUUAUGAGACCUACAGAAGAGUGUCAAAACAUUUAUUACAAAUGUGUUUUUUUCCCUGCCAAGAAGUUUCCUUUCGUUUGAAAGUUUGUUUCUUAAAUCCCUUUGUUGUUGUUGUAAUGAAUUCUGUACAGUCAUCAUCAUAUUUUUAAAGAACUUGUAGAAAAUACACUUUAUGACACUGUCAAGAAGCAUUAUGACCGUCCUGUGUCACUUUACUUGGACUAAGAAAAUAAGCUUUAUGACACUGUCAUGAAGCAUUAUGACCGUCCUGUGUCACUUUACUUGGACUAAGAAAUAAGCUUUAUGACACUGUCAUGAAGCAUUAUGACCGUCCUGUGUCACUUUACUUGGACUAAGAAAAUAAGCUUUAUGACACUGUCAUGAAGCAUUAUGACCGUCCUGUGUCACUUUACUUGGACUAAGAAAAUAAGCUUUAUGACACUGUCAAGAAGCAUUAUGACCGUCCUGUGUCACUUUACUUGGACUAAGAAAUAAGCUUUAUGACACUGUCAAGAAGCAUUAUGACCGUCCUGUGUCACUUUACUUGGACUAAGAAAAUAAGCUUUAUGACACUGUCAAGAAGCAUUAUGACCGUCCUGUGUCACUUUACUUGGACUAAGAAAAUAAGCUUUAUGACACUGUCAAGAAGCAUUAUGACCGUCCUGUGUCACUUUACUUGGACUAAGAAAAUAAGCUUUAUGACACUGUCAAGAAGCAUUAUGACCGUCCUGUGUCACUUUACUUGGACUAAGAAAAUAAGCUUUAUGACACUGUCAAGAAGCAUUAUGACCGUCCUGUGUCACUUUACUUGGACUAAGAAAAUAAGCUUUAUGACACUGUCAAGAAGCAUUAUGACCGUCCUGUGUCACUUUACUUGGACUAAGAAAAUAAGCUUUAUGACACUGUCAAGAAGCAUUAUGACCGUCCUGUGUCACUUUACUUGGACUAAGAAAAUAAGCUUUAUGACACUGUCAAGAAGCAUUAUGACCGUCCUGUGUCACUUUACUUGGACUAAGAAAAUAAGCUUUAUGACACUGUCAUGAAGCAUUAUUUAACAUUUACAUUUACGUCAUUUAGCAGAUGCUCUUGUCAUGGUUUCGGCCGAGACUGCUCCUCCUCCUGGUUCGGGCAGGCCUCGGCGUUCGCCGUCCCCGGAAUACUAGCUGCCACCGUUGUAUGUUUCGUGGUGUGAUUGCUUUGGUCUGUCUUGUACACCUGUAUCUGUUUGUGUCCUGAUUACGUGUCCUAUAAGUUCCUUGUUUUGUAUUAGUUUCAUUGUGUGUUGUUAUUUCUGCCUGUCGUGCGGAGCUGCGUGUUUGCACUCUGUCUAUUUCUUUGGAUUAUUGUUUUACGCAUGUUUGCGUAAUUGCCUCGCCUCCGUCUGUUUUCGAGGUCGUGUAUUUUGUUGCACUUGGGACUAUUAAAGUCUUUUGGACGAAACCUCUGUGUCCUGCGCCUGACUCCUCCACCACAUCCACAUCGGUUCUUCUGACAGCUCUUAUCCAGAGCGACUUACAAAUUGGUGCAUUCACUUUAUGAUAGCCAGUGGGACAACCACUUUACAAUACAAUUUACAAAUCUUUUUUUUAUUUGUUUUUUUUAUUUGUAUUAUUAUAAUUUUUAAAAAUAUAUUUUGUGGGGGUGGGGUGGGGGGGUGGGGGGGGUAGAAGGAUUACUUUUAUCCUAUCCCAGGUAUUCCUUAAAGAGGUGGGGUUUCAAGUGUCUCCGGAAGGUGGUCAGUGACUCCGCUGUCCUGGCGUCGUGAGGGAGCUUGUUCCACCAUUGGGGUGCCAGAGCAGCGAACAGUUUUGACUGGGCUGAGCGGGAACUGUGCUUCGCAGAAGUAGGGGGACCAGUAGGCAAGAGGUGGAAGAACGCAAUGUCCUUGUUUGGGUGUAGGGACUGAUCAGAGCCUGAAGGUAUGGAGGUGCCGUUCCCCUCACAGCUCCGUAGGCAAGCACCAUGGUCUUGUAGCAGAUGCGAGCUUCAACUGGAAGCCAGUGGAGUGUGCGGAGGAGCGGGGUGACGUGAGAGAACUUGGGAAGGUUGAACACCAGACGGGCUGCAUUGUAACCAUCAUAAUCAUGUAAGCCAGAUGGCCUAUUAUGUACAGGCCCUUAUGUCAGUCAUCAAAAAAUAGGGUGUUUUGUCCUGCUCCUGAAAUCUGCUCCUGCAUUCAUCAGGAACAUUGCGGUAGGUGCAUGUCUGACACCAGUGUGUGCGCAAUUACAAUUAUAUAAUUUAACAUGGUCAAUUUCAGAAAAUGGUAUAUAACAUAAACAUACUGGUGACAAGUAGGCUAUGGUGUAAUGGAAUGUUUUGCCUUGUGUGGUUUUGUGGAUUUUGACAGUCUUAUGUAGGCAGCAUACCACCCUGCAUUCCACUGCUGUCUUGCCUCUGAAUCUAAGCAGGGUUGGUGGAAGUGGUGUUGGAGGGCCAGUCUAAAACAAAAUAUCCCAAUGCCCCAGGGCAGUGAUUGGGGACAUUGCCCUGUGUAGGGUGCCAUCUUUCAGAUUGGAUGUUAAACGGGUGUCCUGACUCUCUGUGGUGACUAAAGAUCCCAUGGCACUUAUCGUAAGAGUAGAGGUGUUAAACCCGGUGUCCUGGCUAAAUUCCCAAUCUGGCCCUCAUACCAUCAUGGCCACCUAAUCAUCCCCAGCUUCCAAUUGGCUCAUUCAUCCCCCCUCCUCUCCUUUAUUCCCCAGGUCAUUGCUGCAAAUGAGAAUGUGUUCUCAGUCAACUUAUCUGGUAAAAUAAGAGUUAUAUACAAAUAAAAUAGAAUUCAUAACCCUUUCCCAAUCCCCUCCAACUCACAAGGCAGGAAAAAUGCUUGACCUCAUCUUUAAGAGAGGCUGUUCGCCUACUAAUCUCACUGCAACCCCCCUCCAGGUCUCUGAUCACUACUUUAUUUCCUCCAACCCUACCUAGAUGGUCAUGCGCUAUCACAAGCUUUGUUCUCUCUCUCCUCUUCUAUCCUAUCAUCUCUCCCAUCUGCUAAAUCCUUCUCCUUCCUGUCUCCUGAUUCUGCCUCUUUGAUCCUACUCUCCUCUCUUUCCGCACUGUCCUCUUUCCUCCCGGCCGGCUCGGCCCUCCCCUCCUGCUCCGUAGCAGAGUGACUCAUUGCGAGCAGGUACAGUGAAAUGUGUUGCUUUAUAGGGUCUGCCAUAGCAGUACAGUACCCCUGGAGCAAAUUAGGGUUAAGUGCCUUGCUCAAGGGCACGUCAACACAUCAACCUUGUUGGCUCGGUUAAUAGCCCAACGCUCUAACAGCUAGGCGACCAUCUUCCACCCAUUCACAAUGGAAGCGAAUUAAUCAUAGUCGGCAGGACAAGCAUGAGAUAGUGAGAUCCUAUUGGCGCGUUCUAGCAUAUAUUUGAACAGGGCUGCGGGCAGCUGAGUGAAAAUGGCGGUAAACUAAACUUCCAGAGGAUCUAUCAUCCUUUCCCUCCCUCCUCUCUACCUUCGCUUCCUCUGCAUCCGCUGCUAAAGACACAUUCUACCACUACAAAUGUCAAGCUUCUGCCUCUAACCCUAGGAAACUAUUUUCCACCUUCUCCUCCCUCCUUAAUCCUCCACCCCGUUCCCCUCCCUCUCUGCGGACGACUUUGUCAACCACUUUGAAAAUAAAGGUUGAUGACAUCCGCUACUCAUUCACUCAGCCUUUUGAGUCCACUGGUCUCACUCACACAGAACUACCCUACGCCUUGACCUCUUUCUCCCCUCUCUCUCCAGAUGACAUCCUGCGACUAGUGAGGUCUGGCCGCCCGACAACCUGCCCGCUGGAGCCCAUCCCCUCCUACCUUCUCCCAUCUCUGGAGACCUUCUCCCAUUCCUCACUUCCCUCAUCAGCUCAUCCCUGACCACUGGCUGCAUCCCCUCUGAAUUCAAAAUGGCCCGAUUUGCUCCCCUCCUCAAGAAACCAACACUCAACUCAUCUGACGUCAAAAACUAUAGACCUGUAUCACUUCUUUCUUUUCUUUCUAAAACACUUGAGCGUUCUGUCUCUGAUCAACUCUCUCGCUAUCUCUCUCAGAACUAUCUUUUUGACUCCAACCAGUCAGGCUUCAUUCACUCAACUGAGACUGCUCUUCUCUGUGUCACGGAGGCUCUCCGCACUGCCAAAGCUGACUCUCUCUCCUCUGUUCUCAUCCUCCUAGAUUUAUCCACUCCCCUCGACACCGUGAACCAUCAGAUCCUCCUUUCCACUCUCUCAGGGCUGGGCGUCUCAGGAUCUGCACAGUCUUGGAUUGCAUCCUACCUGGCAGGCCGCUCCUACCAGGUGACGUGGAGAGGAUCUGUGUCUGCACCACGUACUCUCACUACUGGUGUCCCCCAGGGCUCGGUUCUAGGCCCUCUCCUCUUCUCUCUAUACACAAAGUCACUCAGCUCCGUCAUAUCCUCACAUGGUCUCCUAUCAUUGCUAUGUGGAUGAACUACUUUUCUCCUCCCCCCUUCUGACACCCAGGUGGUGGCGCAUCUCUGCGUGCCUGACAGAUAUAUCAACUUGGAUGUUGGCCCACCACCUCAAGCUCAAACUUGACAAGACAAAGCUUCUCUUCCUCCUGGGGAAGGCUUGCCCGCUCAAAGACCUCUUCAUCAUGGUUGACAGCUCAACAGUGUCGCCCUCCCAGAGUGCAAAGAACCUUGGCUUGACCCUGGACAACACCCUGUCAUUCUCUGCAAACAUCAAAGCAAUGACCCGCUCCUGCAGGUUCAUGCUCUACAACAUCCGUAGAGUAUGACCCUACCUCAGGUCCUAAUCCAGGCACUUGUCCUCUCCCAUCUGGACUACUGCAACUCGCUGUUGGCUGGGCUCCCCGCUUGUGCCACCAACCCCUGCAACUUAUCCAGUACGCUGCAGCCCAUCUGGUGUUCAACCUUCCCAAGUUCUCUCAUGUCACCCCGCUUUUCCGCACACUCCACUGGCUUCCAGUCGAAGCUCGCAUCCACUACAAGACCAUGGUACUUACCUACGGAAGAGCAAGAGGAACUGCCCUUCCCUACCUUUAGGCUAUGCUCAAACCCUACACCCCAACCUGAGUACUCUGUUCUGCCACCUCUGGUCUCUUGGCCCUCCCACCCCUACCAGAAGGCAGCUCCCGCUCAGCCCAGUCCAAGCUCUUCUCUGUCCUGGCACCCCAAUGGUGGAAAACCAGCUUCCCUCUGAAGCUAGGACAGCAGAAUCCCUGCCCAUCUUCUGAAAACAUCUGAAACCCUUCAAACAGUAUCUUAAAUAAUCCUCCUCCUCACCUCGACCCCCCCCCCCCCAAAAAAAAAAAAAAAAAAAAAAACAUGCACUUGACUACCGAUAACUAGCUCUGACUACUGAUAGCUACGUUAUUGAUGAUACAUGUACUUUCUAUGCCUGUGAUAUGUGGUUGUCCCACCUAGCUGUUUUAAGAUUAAUGCACCAACUGAAAGUCGCUCUGGAUAAGAGCGUCUGCUAAAUGCCUACCUGCAUAUAUCUGACAUCAUUAAAGUAGCUAAGGUGAGUCUGAACUCUAACCCUCAGUGUGUUAGUGCUGUGCUGGAAUCUAAGCCUAUACACAUGCCUGGAUUUAAAAGGAUGGAACGAGGUAUUAGGUAUGUACCCCAAGGCCCUUGGCACCAUCUAGCCAGAAGCUUAUUGCUAUCCCCCCUCCCUCCCUCCCUGCCUCCCUGCCUCCCUGCCUCCCUCCCUUCCUCCCUGCCUCCCUGCCUCCCUCCCUGCCUCCCUGCCUCCCUCCCUUCCUCCCUGCCUCCCUGCCUCCCUGCCUCCCUGCCUCCCUCCCUGCCUCCCUGCCUCCCUCCCUUCCUCCCUGCCUCCCUCCCUGCCUCCCUCCCUCCCUCCCUCCCUGGCCUCCCUCCCUGCCUCCCUGCCUCCCUCCCUUCCUCCCUGCCUCCCUCCCUCCUCCUAGCCCUCCCUCCCUCCCUCCCUCCCUUCCUCCCUCCCUCCCUCCCUCCCUCCCUCCCUCCCUCCAUCCCUCCAUCCCUCUCCCUCCACCCUCCUCUUCCUCCCUCCUCCUCCCUCUCCCUCCCUUCCCUCUCCUCCUUCCCUCCAUUCCCUCCCUCUCUUCCUCCCUCCCUCCCUAGCCCUCCUCCUCUCUCCUCCAUCCCUCUAUCCUUCCCUCCAUCCCUCCAUCUCUCCCUCCAUCCCUCAUGGCCUCUAUCUUCUCCUCCAAUCCCCUAUCCUUCCCUCCAUUCCCUCCAUCUCUCCCUCCAUCCCUCCAUGCUCUACUCUAUCCGCCAUCCCAUCUAUCCUUCCCUCCAUUCCUCUAUCUCUCCCUCUCAGCCCCCCAGACCCCAGACCCCAUAUAACCAGUAGUCCCAUUACCGCCUGUUCAGAUGAAUCUGUUCUUAGUAUCAUUUCUGCUCUGGUAUCUGAUCUGGCAGCCCAGCCAGGUCCUUCUUAGUCCAAGGCUGUGUCCCAAAUGGCACCAUAUUCCCUAUAUAGUGCACUACUUAUGACCAGGCUCCAGUGCUCUGCACUAUAUAGGGAAUAGGGUGGGACACAACCCAAGUCAUCUCUCAUUGUCCUGCUUGACAGAAUAUUGCAUUUUGUUUUGUCUGGGACCAUACCCAGCGUUGUAUGUGUGUGUCCACCUAUUUGUGUGUGUGUCUGUGUGUGUCUGUGUGUGUGUGUGUGUAUGUGUGUGUGUGUCUGUGUCUGUGGCUGUGUGUGUGUGUGUGUGUAUGUGUGUGAGUGUGUGUGUGUGUGUGUGUGUCUGUCUGUCUGUGUGUGUGUGUCUGUGUCUGUGUCUGUGUGUGUGUGUGUGUGUGUGUGUGUGUGUCUGUGUCUGUGUCUGUGUCUGUGUCUGUGUGUGUGUGUGUGUGUGUGUGUGUGUGUCUGUGUGUGUGUGUGUGUGUGUGUCCCCGAGCAUCCAUUCCUAUCACCGUCUUCUGUUGCGGAGCGCCCUGCCAACCGUCUUCCCUAACAGCAGGACAGCCCAUAAUGAGCCUUCUCCGUAACUAAGGCCAGAUGGUGUCAGGGUGGUUCAGGUCUAGUCUCUACACUAGGUGAUUAUGACGUUAUUAUGAGUAAGGCCAGUAUUGCAAUAUAUAUAUAAAAAAAAGAAAACAUGAAGCAGACCUAACUCUUUGGUGUUUUAAAAACCUGCUGUAUGUAAAAAAUUGUGUGCUUGGAAAAUAAAUAAAUGUGACUCUGGAUGACAACGUAAUGAUGUUUGUUUCCAACAUUAGGAAUGUGUUCCUAAAGAAGUUAAAUCCACUUUGUUUUGUUUCCUCGCCACGUCACUAAGGAAUAUCGCUGGUAUCAUCCCAGCCCUAAUAAUGAGCGUUUUCAUUAUAUUUCUCUGUGUGUGUGUGUGUGUGUUACAUCACUGUAGCUGUGCGUGAACGUGCGCGUGCGUGUGUGUUUGUGUGAUGAUGAGGAUUAAGUUGAUGGCUGUUUUGUAUCGAUAUCAAAAGAGCCUUUAUAUCCAUAUUGGUUGUACAUGUAACAUUGAACACAAGCUAUUGGUAAGCUAUUAUAGCUUUUGAAUAAGGUAAAGUUGAGAAUUAGAAACAUUUAAAUCAUCAUUGGCUUCAGGAGGGCCGUUAAUGAAUGUAACCCUCUCUCUCUCUCGAGAACAGGCCGUUAAUAAUUAGAUCUCUCCUCUCUCUCUCGCUCUCUCUCUCUUCUCUCUACUCCCGCCCCCCCCACCCCCCCCCACCCCCCCCCCCACCCCCCUCUCUCUCUCUUCUUAUCUCUCUUCUCUGUCUGUCUCUCUGUCUCUCUCUUUCUCCCCCUCCACCCAGGUUUCUAUCUGAGAGACGUUGCCCAGGCCUGUGGUGAUUCAGGGGUCCGGUUCAUCGGGCCCUCCCCAGAAAUGGUGUGCAAGAUGGGGGGGAAAAAUGGAGGCUCGCUCCCUGGCUAUCAGCAC